AUGGCACCUCACACAUCCCCGCCCGGAGCGGUGCACAUCGAACAUAUACCUCGAGCGGUCACAUUUUACAACUAUAAGUGUGUUGCUUUUGCCGCCAUCGCAUCUGUUAUUAUCGGCUAUUGCUUGUCCGCAGUGGCAACGACGUUGGGACAACCAGCUUUCUACAAGUACAUGAAGCUUCAAACAGACGAGUCAGUCGACAAAGAUGCCUAUGACUACAUGGUGGUCGUCCAAGGACUAAGUUCCUCACUCUCACAAGCUGGUGGAUUCUUCGGCAGCAUAUUCACAUCGUGGUCAGCGGAUAGAUAUGGGCGUCUGAGGUCGUUCCAGCUUGCGUGUCUUAUCGUCAUUAUUGGAGGUGCUCUCACCGCAGGCGCCGUGGAUAUCCCCAUGUUUUUGUUUUUCAGGCUCUUUGGUGGCUUCGGCGUCGGGAUGCUUCUCGUGCUCUUUCCCAUGUACGCCGCAGAGCUUUCACCGCCGCGGGCCAGAGGUCUCUUGGUCGGCCAACACGGUGCUGGUCUUUGUGUCGGAUACAACCUCGCCGCCGCGGUCAGCUUCGGAUGCUAUUUCGCAAAGAAUGGCAACUUUGCAUGGAGGUUUCCACUGGCUGUGCAGUGUUUGUUCCCGGCGAUCUUGUUCACCUUCUCUUUCUGGAUGCCGGAAAGUCCUCGCUGGCUUAUUCUCAAAGAUAGUCCUGAUGAGGCAAAGAGGGUGCUCACACGCAUCCACAGAGCUCCCAGCGAUGAAAACGACGACUUUGCCACGGCCGAGUUCGAUCUUAUGGUCGCUCAAAUUCAGCUCGAACGGGCGAGGAGUUCCGGCGCGGUUGCGACGUUUCUAGGGCGAUGGAAAUAUCUUCUCAGCAAGAAAUCUUACCUACACCGCGCCGCCUUGGGCUUCAUUCUCAUGCUCGGGAUGCAGGGCACAGGCUCUACUGUCAUUAACAAUUAUCAGAUCAUCCUCUACCCUGGUCUUGGAGUGGGACCCGCUCUGGCCCUGGGUUUGUAUUGGGUGUACGUUGCAGUCGCCUUCGUGGCAAAUACUACUUCUGCUCUGAUUGUCGACAGACUGGGUCGAAGGCGGUCCUUUUUGAUUGGUCUUAUUGGCCUAGGGACUGCGCUGAUCGGAGAGACCAUUGUGUCAUCAUUCCUGCCAACCACCAAGAAGGCCGUGCUGGUGUUAGGGGUCUUCUUCAUCUUCUGGUUCAUUCCGUGGUACGGGUCGCUGGUUGAUGGUGUCAUGUACACAUAUACGUCUGAGAUUUGGCCGACCGAAAUCCGUUCAGAAGGCAUUGCACUUUCAAUGACAGGCUUUUGGCUUGCAACCAUUGCCAUUCUUCAGGCAGCACCGACCGGAUUUGCGAACUGUGGCUGGAAGUUCUAUCUCUUAUUCAUCUUCUGUACGGCUGCAAUGUGGUUAUUUAUCGCCUUCUGCUUUCCUGAGACCGGGAAUAUUCCGAUGGAAGAGGUAGCUCGCUUGUUUGGUGACGAGGUUGCUGGCACACUGGAUGAGGAACUUAAACAUCACGGACAUGGUGAGGAGAUGGAGAUCAGCUCCGCCGGAUUGAAGCCAUGA